AUGGUUAAUUAUGUGAUUGUUGGUUUAAUCAUCCAUGCAGAUGAAGCUAAUAAUUUGUUGAAUGAAGCCCAAUCUAGUGGAUUUGUUGAUACUGAUUUAAUUGCGGAAGUACUUUGGCCCAAUAUAACAAAAGGAAGGAGAUCAAAUAGAACAAAGGGUGAAUGGAGUAUUAAAAUAAAAGAAGAGAAGGUAGAAGAAGAUGGUGUAAUGAAUGAUGUAGGGAAUGGCGGUGACCAUGUAUUGAUGUGUCAUAUAUGGAAAGAAGAGAACGAUAGAGAGACAAUUCUUGUAUAUCAUGGUGCCAACAGGGAGAAAAAUAUUUGCAGGUUUGCGGAAUAUGAUUUUGUUAUCACUACCUACUCAACUGUGGAGACUGAGUACAGGAAAAAUAUCAUGAUUUUGCACUCUAUGAAUUGGAAUCGUAUUAUUUUGGAUGAGGCCCAUUGUGUGAAAGAUAUACGCAGCAACACUACAAGAGCUAUUCUUGCGCUAGAAUCUUCUUUUAAGUGGGCCUUAAGUGGUACUCCCCUACAGAACCGUGUAGGAGAGCUGUACUCACUUGUCCGUUUCUUACAAAUUAUUCCUUACUCGUACUACUUCUGUGAAGAUUGUGAUUGCAGAGCUCUCGAUAAUAGUAACUCAUUCGAGUGUCCACAUUGCCACCACCAAUCCUUUCGACACUUUUGCUGGUGGAAUAGAUAUAUUGCCUCACCCAUACAAUUUCAAGGGAAUCAUAGGUUUGGUAGAGAUGCGAUGGUUUUGUUGAAACACAAAAUUUUAAAAACCAUAAUGCUUAGACGUACGAAAAAGGGAAGGGCUGCUGAUCUUGGACUUCCUCCAAGGAUCGUUACCUUCCGCAAAGAUUGUUUCGAUGUUAAAGAAGAAGACUACUACAGAUCACUGUGGGAUGAAAGUCGGGCACAAUUAAAUACAUACAUUCAAGCUGGUACGUUGAUGAAUAACUAUGCUAACAUUUUUAAUCUACUCACACGCAUGCGACAGGCAGUUGAUCAUCCUUACCUUGUGGAAUACUCAAGUUCUGCUUUGGCUAGAAGUGAAAGAACAACUAAUGUUGGCUAUGUUGAACAACCAUGUGGUUUAUGUCACAAUCCAGUAGAAGAUCCAAUCGUGAGUUCUUGCAAACAUGUCUUUUGCAAGUCAUGUCUGAUAAAUUUUACUGUAACCGUGGGACAACUUUCAUGCCCUUCAUGUUUUAAAUCAAUUACAGUGGAUUUCACGGCAAACGAUCAGAAAACUAAAGCAACUAUCAAAGGAUUUAGGUCCUCAAGUAUAUUGAACAAAAUUUGUCUUGAUAAUUUUCAGACAAACACAAAAAUAGAAGCUUUGAGAGAAGAAAUAAGGUUCAUGAUUGAAAGAGAUGGUUCCACAAAGGCAAUAGUCUUCAGCCAAUUCACAUCAUUUUUGGAUCUGAUACACUAUUCUCUACAGAAGUCGGGCAUUAGUUGUGUUCAAUUAGAUGGAUCCAUGACUAUGACUGCAAGAGAUUCUGCAAUUACAAGAUUUACCAACGAUCCAGAUUGCAUUAUAUUUCUUAUGAGCUUGAAAGUCGGAGGUCUUUCCCUGAAUCUUACAGUGGCAUCACACGUUUUUUUGAUGGAUCCUUGGUGGAAUGCUGCUGUGGAGAUGCAAGCCCAAGAUAGAAUCCGUCGAAUAGGGCAGUAUAAACCAAUCAGGAUUGUGAGAUUUGUGAUUCAGAAUACAAUCGAGGAGAGGAUCUUAGAGUUGCAAGAGAAGAAAAAGCUACUUUUUGAAGGGACGGUCGGUGGUGAUUCUGAGGCAUUGGAGAAAUUAACAGAGGCAGACUUGAAGUUCUUGUUUGUAACCUAA